AGAUAAAAUUCUUUUUUUUUUAAUUAAAAAAAUUAAUAAAUAAGGAGGAAGGAAAGGGAAGGAAAGGGAAGGAGAGGAGAGAAAGAGGAGACCAGCAAAGUGUGGGUCAGAAUUCAGAAACAGGUACAUGCUGUGAAGAGGAGGCAAUUGCAUGUGCCCACAUGGCCUAUUGCAGCUGCAGAGAUUAACAACACUCUCCCUAAAUUCACAAUUAACCAAUCUUCCCUUUCUUUUACCUUCCUCUGCAUCUUCAUCUUCGACUUUUCUGCUCUGAAUACUGAAAAUUAGCAUCGUCAAUCACUCUCUUUCUACACUAGGAUAUAGCUUUUUUGCAAUAAUGAAGGAAAACAGUGAUGGGUUUGUCAGGGCGGAUCAGAUUGAUCUCAAAAGUCUUGAUGAGCAACUCGAGAGGCAUCUCAAUAAGGUGAGGACCAUGGAUAAGAGCAAGAGACCUGAUGAUGCUCAUCUCCCUCUAGUGGCUUCUGCUGCCGCUGACUCCACCAAGACUAGUAUACCUACCUUCAAAAAGGACAGGCAGGAAUGGGAGAUCGACCCUUCUAAGCUCAUCAUCAAGACUGUCAUUGCACGGGGUACCUUCGGCACCGUUCACCGUGGCAUCUACGAUGGCCAGGAUGUUGCCGUUAAGCUGCUUGACUGGGGGGAAGAGGGCCAUCGAACAGAAGCUGAGAUUGCCUCACUGAGGGCAGCUUUUUCCCAAGAAGUUGCUGUUUGGCAUAAACUUGAUCAUCUUAAUGUCACUAAGUUUAUAGGGGCAACAAUGGGCUCAGCAGAGCUGCAGAUACAAACUGAAAAUGGUCAAAUUGGCAUGCCAAGUAAUAUAUGUUGUGUUGUUGUGGAAUAUCUACCUGGAGGUGCUUUAAAAUCUUACCUUAUAAAGAACCGGCGGAGGAAGCUAGCCUUCAAAGUCGUUGUGGAGUUGGCACUUGAUCUUGCCAGAGGGUUAAGUUAUCUUCACUCCGAGAAGAUUGUUCACAGAGAUGUAAAGACAGAAAACAUGUUAUUGGACAAGACGCGCACUGUAAAAAUUGCUGAUUUUGGAGUUGCUCGUGUUGAGGCAUCUAAUCCUAAUGAUAUGACUGGGGAGACAGGAACACUAGGCUACAUGGCUCCUGAGGUUCUCAAUGGCAAUCCAUAUAAUAGGAAGUGUGAUGUGUACAGUUUUGGCAUUUGUUUAUGGGAGAUAUAUUGCUGUGACAUGCCAUAUCCCGACCUUAGUUUCUCAGAAGUGACUUCAGCAGUUGUCCGUCAGAAUUUGAGACCAGAGGUACCAAGGUGUUGCCCAAGCUCUCUAGCGAAUGUAAUGAAGAGGUGCUGGGAUGCUAACCCAGACAAGCGCCCUGAAAUGGAUGAGGUUGUCUCCAUGUUGGAAGCCAUUGACAUAUCAAAAGGUGGGGGUAUGAUCCCUCUUGAUCAACAAGGUGGUUGUCUCUGCUUCCGCAGGUAUCGUGGACCUUAAAUCUUCCUCUGGGCAGCCAAAAUGACUAGAUUGUGAUUAUUCUGAGCUAUGGUGGUCAAAUUUAUAAUCAACGGUAAAGGAGAUUUGGGAUAUAAAAUGAUAAAAGAGUGGAGGGUGACGGAUAUAGGAUAGGAGUUGUAUCACAUUUCUGUUUAUUGGAUGAUGUAAAUCUGUUGUUUUGUUGCUCUAUUUUUUCAAUAUUUUUUUGGGUUGCUUGAGAUGUGUAUUUAUUUGGAUUGCUGCCUGCCAGUCUCGGCAACUGGUACCACCACGUCAGAUCUAAGGUCACCCUUUCUAUAUGCUAUAAGUGGAUAUUGCUGGUAAUAUUAUUAAAGUAAUUAAUAACACGACCAUAUUUGGCUUGGCA